UUCAUGUACACCUCACAGUGCGCAUGUCUCGCCGCGGUCUCGCGUUGUUUGGCGCCGCUCUCUCCUCUCUCUCGGAUUUCUCAGCGCUGAUGGUUGCGCAGUGAAAGAUGGCGUUCACGUUUGCGGCCUUUUGUUAUAUGCUGGCAUUGCUGCUCACGGCGGCACUCAUAUUCUUCGCCAUCUGGCACAUUAUAGCGUUUGAUGAGCUGAAGACGGACUACAAGAACCCUAUAGACCAGUGCAACACGUUGAAUCCUCUGGUGCUCCCAGAGUACCUGAUCCAUGUGUUCUUCUGCAUCAUGUUCCUGUGCGCGACGGAGUGGCUAUCGCUGGGUCUCAACAUGCCGCUGCUCGCCUACCAUGUGUGGAGGUACAUGAGCAGGCCGGUGAUGAGCGGCCCUGGCCUCUACGAUCCCACCACAAUCAUGAACGCUGACAUUCUAGCAUUCUGUCAAAAAGAGGGCUGGUGCAAGCUUGCUUUUUACCUGCUCUCCUUUUUCUACUAUCUCUACGGAAUGAUCUACGUUCUGGUGAGCUCCUAAAACCAGGUUGGCUGUAGUCAUGGGUGAGGGGUGAGGAGUGGGAAAGAGGAAAUAAAUAAAUAAAGAAAUACAAAAAACAAAACUGCAUGCAAAACUACACCAUUCGACUGGCGAUCUGCAGGGAAGAGCCAUGCUUUUUAUUUGUGGAAGAUUUUGCCUACGGAGUUAAAACAAUAAUAAUAAUGGAACCAACAACCCCAGGGGUAUCCCUCUUCAUCACUGAGGAAAUGAGUUCUGCUGCUUCUGAAAGAGAGAACUUUUUGCCUGAGCUUCGUCCUUCCGUUUUGUCUGAGCUUCAUCCUUCCUUUCUGCUGCCCAUCAUUUCAGAGACUAUUAAAGAUGUUCAGGAUCAUUAUUUAGUUUUUCUUUAUUGUUUUGAUGGAAAAUGAAACUCAAUAUUCUAUAUUGCCUUUAUUUUUCCCUUCUCGUAUUUAACUUUUAUGAAAAAUCACUGAUCCUAAUUGUACUUGAUGUUUACAGAAGUUUAUGAUUUUUUUUGUGCGUGUCUGCUAUUGUUGCUUGGCAUGUUAGCAGUAGAUCAAGACCACAUUUCUGUAAUAAAUUGUAAGGAGCAAUCUUUUUACACAA